AUGCCCACAGCACUUGAAGAGCUCCCUAUAGAGCUCUUGUCGCACAUAAUUAUCUACUUCACCACCGCUCAAGCCCUGCGCGACCUGUCGUUAACCUGCCGCAAGCUGCACACAUUCAUAGAGCACGAUGGUUGGAAAAUCUUCCUACGCAGUCGCUUUCCUUCUUACCCAGCAAUCAACCAGCCCGCACGUCUUCUGGCCCACUCGUUGACAACUCUGUCAAGGAACUGGGACCGGAAGGCUUUUGUUGGUCGCUACAUCGAGCCUGCCGGCUCUAUUGUCUCCCUGAACAGUGGACAGCCGUUGACGCAAUGGAAGCGGCCCCGAGGACAGACGAUGGGAUUCCAGCCCAGUUUGGACUCGUAUGAAGAACUUGCUGAUGGAUCUGCGUACGGUCGUCGAGAGAUACUCGUGUGGGGCGCUGGGACCGAUCUACUUAUCCGGGCCAAGGAGUCGGGCCCAGCAACUGAAAGGUUAUGGGACCAAGUCUCGCAAGCAGAUCGACAGCACUACUUCGACCAAUAUCACCAUAGAACAAGCUGGUUCACUUUCAAGAUACCCGGUUCCUUUGAGGGCAGAGACGAUAUUACUUGCGUCAACAUCCUCCGGCCUGCCCAGAGGAGCGCGACGCCUCACCCGGAUGCUGAACAGGUCAUACUGGGCACAGCUAACGGUGACUUGAACCUAGUGACCUUUACGCUAGAUGAUCCGCCCGCGUGGCGCCGUGAGAUCUACAAUACCGACGGCCGCCCCGUCAAGGCUGUUCAUGUCUCAUCGUCGUCCAAGAACCCUCUGCUCGCAGCUGCUUUCGCAGACUCGGCCGUCGCAUUGUACCCAGUGCACAAGGCUGCAGACACGAUAGAGCCGAUCAGCCAUCUGCAAAGUUUGUCCAAAAAUCACACCCCUUCCCGCAUAUGGUCAACCCGCUUCCUCUCCCCCGAAACUCUUGCGAUUGGUUUGGGACCCUCUACAGAGCCGGUUCACGUCUACGCAAUCACCCCUUCGGGUUUCUCAGAGGGCCCGAUACGCAAAUUUGGCCUUGACGCCACUCCUUGGGGUGCUCUGGAUAGAGUCGAGGUGACGACUGACGGCGAGCCCAGGCAGUCAUCGGUGUAUCCGAUCUCGCCUCUGCCGUUGCCGCACUCGGCGAAGGACGAUCCAAAUGUCUUUCUGAGCGGUGGUUACGACGGUAUUGUUCGUGUGCACGAUAUGCGCUCGCCUGCAGCAUACGAAUCUUGCUACUGGGAUCCAACAGAUGAUGGCGCGGUGUAUGCCCUGCAGACGAUUGCGCGCGAGAGGCUUGUAGUCGGCAGCUCGCGCCACAGCAUCGUCAAGUUCUUCGACAUGCGUGUUUCUGGUGGGCGAGCCUUUCAGUACGCGCAUGUCGGCGGGCCACAUGGAACCAAGAGCAAUUCCCUCAGCAAUGGCACACGCACAGACGGAGACGCCGGUUCAGAAUGGCACAGCAGCCAUUACGGCUGGAAUCUUUUUCUCAACCCGCGGAACCAGUUCAGGCACAACCAGCGUCGCAAUGACCGUCGGUCCAUCGACUCCCCCGUCUACGCUCUUACGUCUCCGUCGCCUUUCUCGCCUUCCAUCUUCGCUGGUGUGGAGAACAAUGUGGUGCAACUUGACUUCACCUCGAUCGCUGACACGCAUCCCGAUCCCAUGUUCCAGCAUUCCCUGGUUCGUAUCGGGAAGCACAAGACAAUCAAUGUGCAGAAAAGCUGGAACCCGAGGGGCGACGUCCUCAAUCUGGCUUCAUAUGAGCAGGGAACGAGAGGCGCUAUGCGGUUGCGGGUACAAGCUGGUGUGGGCAAGUAUGAAGGGGCCUUGGAGGGAUGGGACGAGCGGUGGCGGGACAGCAGUGACUUAUGA